AUGAAGGACAAACCAGAUGUGGAAACAACAGUAAAAACUGAAAUCAAAACUUUAAAAGAAGCUAGUAGUAAUGAACUUCUCCCUUCAGAAAUAAUUGAGCCCAUAAAAAUAAAGGAAGAGCCAGUGUGUCCAAAAGUCGAUGCAGGGAAACAAAUAUUUAAAAACUUUGUCCAGUCUUUUCUGAAACAUUUCCAGCUGAAGGAGCCAACAUCAGGGUCACAAGAAUACAGCAUGGUCCUUAAACUUUCUGCUGAUGAUUUUAAAAUCCUGCGAAAAUUUGUGACAGAAGAAAGUAAAGAUUUGCACAGCCUCUAUGAUUCAAACGACAUUCUUACUGGCAUGAUUGAGACUGUGUCAAGAUCACAUUUGGGAACAAUGGGGCAAAUAUCCAUUUGGUUUGAAGACCGAUAUGGAGCAAGUAUUGAUGCAGCCCUAAAGAUGGUUGCAGUUCUUUUAAUGGCCUCAGUAUUUGCAACGCUGGAAAUGAAGCUACAGAUGUCAUGGAGACAAAGAUUUAUGAAGUUGAUAGUUCUAGCUUUCAUUGUCAGCAUCCCAAUGACCUGGUUUGAACUCUAUAAGGCAGAACAAAUCAAACAGCAGACUGUGGCUAUGAAGGAUGUCCCAGCGGAGUGUGUGAAGAAUGACUCCAUCAGUGAUAACUGGCUCGGAGCAGCAUCCCAUAUUGUCACCUCCAUGUUUACCCUAAAGGAGGACAAAUGUCAGAAGUAUUAUGAACACAUGAUGAUUGACCCCAUUGUCAAGGUCCCACCCACGAAGGCAGUGGGUGUCACAUUUGUCCGUUUCUUCCUUUCACCCCUUAAGGACGUAGGAGCUGCUCUAAGCACAUUCAUAAGAGAACUCCUGAUUGAUCUACCAGUCACCUUGUACCCAGUAGCCAUGAUCAUGGUGGUAGUGUUUCUAUUUCUGUUCCUUUUCAUGAUCUUCGGCUACAGCAUUAAGUUACCUUUCUUCCUUUCCAUCGAGCCUUCUCCAUAUCAUGGGAUCACUGGAAGUGCCUCUAGUCAACUGGCCAUUGAAGAAAACACUAAAAAGUUGAUGGAACAGAUGCAAACAAUGCAACAAACACUUCAGUCAAGGGAAGAAGAGUUUAAAGCCAGAAUGAAUCACUUUGAAAGACUUCAGAAAACUGCCAUAGAAUACUCAGCAUCAAUAAAUGUACCUGAUGCGCCAUAUCCAACAGUCCCAGCAGCCACUGUUCCAAAGGCCGCCAUAGGAUCUAGCAGCCAAUACACAACACAAAUCUUCCAGGAAUCGGGUGAUGGUGAUACUCUUUUAGUGGUAGAAACUACUGAGGUCAAAUCUCCUAUUCCUUGUUCUGAGUCAGACAUUGAAUCUUCUAUGGAGGAUACUGUUAGUAAACAUGUGGUUAAUGUGCCACGUACUACAAAUUCUCAGUCUUCUCCUUCUGGAAGGUCUAUAAGCAAACUUCCUGUAAGCACGAAAGGCAAAUCCGGUGAUCAUUUGCCAACCCAGAUUAGUUCUGCUGGCAGGACAGACAUUACGCAACCUCAGACUUUGACAGCUUUUUCAUCAGAAUCAAUUUCUCCACAUGAAGCAAAUUCUAGCUAACCUAAGGAUCUUUAUGUUGUAUGGAGUAAAUUCAUUUGUCUCAUAAAUAUUUCUUUGCUUUCACCAGUCAUUUUUGUCGAAAUAAAAUUUU